AUGACGUAUCAAUUAUUGGUUAUCAUAGUUGUUAUUAAUGCUAUUGGAUUUAUUAAUUCGACAAUAUUAUAUGUCAAUGUAUCAUUCACUGCAGUUUGGGCUGAAAAUGCAACAACAGUAGCAGGAUUAUCGAAUGGCACAGCUGGAAAAACAAAUAAUACUCUCAAUUCUCCUCGUGGUAUAAGUAUUUCAAGUAGUGAUAUUUUAUAUAUAGCUGAAUGGAAUAAUUAUCGAAUAGUAGUAGUUAAUUUAACUAGUUUACAAGUUAUUAAUAUCAUUGGAUCAGGUCCAGGUACUGCAAUCUAUCAGUUUGAUCAUCCUUAUGAUGUUAUUGUUGUUGAUGAAUCAUUAUACGUAUAUGAUGCAUGGAAUAUACGAAUACAAAAAUGGUCAACAACUGGUACAAAUCCAUCAAAUAUAUUAACAGGAUCCUUUGGUCAUGGAUUUUAUAUGUUUAAAGACAAAUAUGAUAAAUUUUACAUAAGUGCAUAUGAUGAUGAUAUGGUAGUACGAUUUGCACCAAACUCAUCAGUUGCAAUAACGGUUGCUGGUAAUGGAGUUGUUGGAUCGUUAUCAUAUCAACUGAAUUCACCUGAUGGGAUAUUUGUUGACGAUAAUCUUAGUUUAUAUAUUGCUGAUUUUAAUAAUCAUCGAAUUCAGAUGUGGAAAUAUCAAUCAUUAUAUGGGAUAACGGUUGCUGGAAAUGGAACAUCUGGUAGUAGUUUAAAACAACUCUUUAAACCCGGUGCAGUUGUUGUAGAUACAAAUGGAUAUAUGUAUAUUGCUGAUUCAGGAAAUAAUCGAAUUCUUCGAUGGAAACUUGGUUCUGACUCUGGCACUUGCAUAGCAGCUUGUACUGGUACAACUGGAACUCAAAUGAAUCAGUUAUACUCUCCGGCUAGCAUUGCAUUUGAUAGUACUGGGUCGUUAUAUACUAGUGAUUAUUAUAAUAACAGAGUUCAGAAAUUUCAAUUUCUGUAUAAUGCAAAUCAGACAAUAACUACAGGUCAAUCGAUUGCGACAGUACCGACUUCAUCAACCUUACGUAUUACAACAAAAUCGACUACAAAAAUAACAACAACAAAGCGCAGCUUAAUGACAUCUACGACAAAUAAUGGUCAAGAAAUAGCAGUAUCUUUUACAUUACUUGGAACAAUAAUUAUGGGAUGUUAUCUUAUAUCUAUGACUCUAUAUUAUAACUACUAA